AUGAAGUCUGCUAGAACAGUCAUUUCUGACCGCUUAAGCUUAUACUCGGCCGGCCCGGGUUUUGCAGGCUCAGGAGUUAGGCCGCUUCGAAAGAAGUUCGACCCCAAUGAACCGAUAGCUGCUACCGAGAAUGACUCCAACUGUAUUCUACCUUGUGAGCCGUUACAUGUCGAGGAUGGCCAUUUGAUAGAUGCCCUGGGCCGUAAGAGAGUGCUUAAGGGUAUAAACGUGGAUUCGGCUAUGAAGCUCCCCACAAAACCUAACAUGCCUUCGUAUGAAGGCGACUCGCUGGAUCCUGAUAACGUUUUCUUUGAUGGCGAUAAUGUCACUUUUGUUGGCAGACCAUUUCCUUUAGAAGAAGCUGAGCUUCACUGGAACCGUAUCAAAACCUGGGGCUAUAACACCAUCCGUUACUUGGUAACGUGGGAAGCUAUCGAACACGCUGGUCCAGGCAAGUAUGAUAACGAGUUCGUCACUUACACCAUCGAGAUGCUUAAAAUCAUUCAUAAGGUCGGUGGAUUGUACGUUUUCAUGGAAUGCCACCAGGACGUCUGGUCACGUUAUUCUGGAGGUUCCGGUGCUCCUCUUUGGACUUUCUAUGCUGCUGGUCUCAAUCCUGCUAACUUCCAUGCUACGGAGGCUGCUAUCUUGCAGAACCAUCCUCGUUUCGACCGUGCCCACGACCAGGAAUGCUACCCCAAGAUGCUCUGGACGACCAACUAUAAGAGGUUGGCUUCGCUUACUAUGUUCACCUUGUUCUUUGCUGGUCAAACAUAUUUCCCCCAUUUGAAGAUUAACGGCGUGAACAUCCAGCAAUACCUUCAGAAACAUCAUUUAAGAGCCCUCGGCCAUCUUUGGUAUAAUGUUAUUCAUGCUCUUCCCGACAUGGUGAAAGACGGUACUCUUUUGGGUUUCGAAUCAUUGAACGAACCUAACUGUGGUCUUGUUGGCCAUGCACAUAUGGGCUAUCAUCCCAGCAACCAACACUUACGUUUGGAUACCACUCCCACCGUCUACCAAUGUUUCCGUUUAGGUAUGGGUCUUCCAGCUGAGAUCGAUGUCUACAAGAUUACUGUGUCCGGUCCUCAGAAAGAUGGUUCCAGGAUGGUAGAUCCAAAAGGUAAGCGUGCUUGGCUUUUGCCCGAAGAGGCUCAAAAACUCGAUGCCCACUAUGGAUGGAGACGUUCCGGUUGGAAAGUUGGUGAGUGUAUCUACGCUGGCUUGAAGAUCUGGAAAUGGAAUAAGUUUGCUGAUUGGGAUAAGAUCAACACUAUGCCAUUAGAUAAGAGGAUUGAAUUUAGUUACCUGGAAUGCCAGUUGCGCGUCCCUAACUAUUUCAACCAAGUGUCGCCUCGUAUUUCUUUUAACGUUGACGAUGAGAGACUUCCUUCCCAGAUCGAUAUGCAUUUCUUCAUCAACCACUUUUUUGUGGAAUACUACAAGAGGCUUAAGAAGAUGAUCAGAUCAAUCAGUCCUGAUGUUUUCAUGCUCAUCCAGCCUCCUGUGUUGGAGCCUCCUCCAAAGCUCAUUAAUGACGAACACAAACUUAUCGAUGAAAAGACUAUCUACUGUCCUCAUUACUAUGAUGGCUUAUCGCUCCUCAUGAAAACUUGGAAUGACAAAUAUAAUGUUGACACAUUGGGAAUCAUGAGAGGCAGGUACUUGAAUCCUGUCUUGGGACUUGUUGUUGGAGAAAGAGCUAUUAGGAACUGUAUUAAGAAACAAUUCUGUGAGAUCGCUAAUGAGGCUCGUGAAAACUUGGGUAACAUUCCCGUGCUCAUGUCAGAGACAGGUAUGCCUUUCGAUAUGGACGGCAAAAGAGCUUAUGAAGACGGAAGGUACACUUCCCAGACUGCUGCUCUUGACGCAUUGGCAAAUGCUUUAGAGGGCCUGCGGAUGCACCAUACAUACUGGUGCUACACUAGUGUCAAUUGUCACAAAUGGGGUGAUCGCUGGAACAAUGAAGAUUUCUCCUUCUGGUCUCCGGAAGACAGAGAUUUGGCAUUCGAUGAUGAGGAUGACGUUGACACAUCGUCUCCAUCGAGAAGGAACAGUGUUACGCCUUCUUUGAGAGCCAUCAGGGCACUUAAGGAAACUGCCGGUAACCUGUCGGUCAUCAAAACUAGGUUAAAUUACCACAAAAAGCGUUUGAUGCCCAACAUGUUCAAGAAACAAUUCUGUUCUGAUGAAGAUCUACUUGAUGAUGAUUACGAACCAAGCAUGGAUAAUUCAACUUUGAUUUCCGUUUCCAGUGACAAUCUUCGCUACAAACACAUGAAGAACUGUUACCCAUCUCCUGACGGCCUUCGUGCACCAAGUGCCAUUCUUCGUCCAUUUUUGAUCUCCUCCAUGGGUGUCGUCAAGGACACUGAAUUUGAUAUCAAGUCAUCCCGUUUCGCGCUCACGUUGACUAUAAAAGAGCAAUUAGAAGAAGACACUUUAGAAAAAUGCCCUACGGUCAUAUUUGUCCCUAAGUGGCACUAUCCGUUUUUGAACUACAAUGAUAUUUAUUUAACGUCUGGUCAUGUGAAGUAUAAUGAAAAGCUCGAAUACUUAGAGUGGUACCACUUCGACACAGACGAUACUGCCAAUGGCAGUUCCACUUCAUCCUCCGCUGCCCGUGCUGCGUCUGAUGAUGAGACUAUCAUCAUUAAGAAUAAUAGCGGUAAGUACGAGGAUAUCUCCCAGAAGGACGAAAACCUUUUUGGAGACGUAUGCACCAUUGUUUAA